GCUUGACUUUCUCACCCAGGAUGGAUCCUUCUAAGGAGAACGUCUAUGAAAACCCUUAUGAGAAUGAUUCUUCAAACAUAUAUGAAAUGCCCUAUGAGGCGGCGUACGAAGAGCCUGCACAUCUUCCUAUGCAGUAUGAGAACAUAGGACCUGGCAUAGAAGGAAUACCUGAUCCCCCUUCUCUGCCGCCACCAUAUCUUCCUGCAGAGGAGAGGCGAAGCAGUUCAUCCUCUUCUUCUUCUUCUUCUUCAUCCUCCUCAUCUUCUUCAGAUUCUGAGGACCAAGAGAAAGAAGAGAUGAAGGCACAUAGCAGGAAGGAUGAGAGAGAAGAAAAUGAAGAGGUGAUGGUGAUGACCAAAGAUCUGAAUUGGGACACAGAAUAUUCAGAGGUAGAGGUGGAGGUGGACAGGAAGAACUCAUCACGCAAAUCCUCUUCAUCUUCUUCUUCAUCUUCCUCUUCGUCAGCCUCUAAGGAGAAGCAAGGAGAAGAAUUUAAGAUUGCACUUUAUGUUAAGGCUGGCAGCGAUGGGGAAAGCAUUGGAAACUGUCCCUUCUCCCAGCGUCUCUUCAUGAUCCUGUGGCUUAAAGGAGUAGUCUUCAAUGUCACUACUGUUGACCUAAAGAGGAAACCAGCCGAUCUCCACAACCUGGCUCCAGGGACACACCCUCCUUUCCUCACCUUCCAGGGGGAGGUUCUCACAGAUGUCAACAAAAUAGAGGAAUACCUGGAGGAGAUGCUGGCUCCACCAAAGUACCCCAAACUUGCAGCAAAGAACCGUGAAUCCAACACGGCAGGAAAUGACAUAUUUGCCAAGUUCUCCGCUUAUGUCAAAAACACAAGACCAGAUAAAAAUCGAGCAUUGGAGCAAAGUCUGAACAAAGCCCUGGCUAAGCUGGAUGAAUACCUGAUGAGUCCGCUCCCUGAGGAGGUUCAGACAGGACGCCACAGCGGUGAUGGUGUAUCUAACCGCAAAUACCUAGACGGAGACGAACUGACGCUGGCUGACUGCAACCUUCUUCCCAAACUUCAUGUUGUCAAGCUUGUUGCAAAGAAGUACAGAAACUAUGACAUCCCAUCUGACUUCAGAGGGCUGUGGCGAUAUCUUGGCAAUGCCUACAACCGAGAGGAGUUCAUCAAUACAUGUGCGGCUGAGGUGGAAAUUGAACUGGCCUACAAGGACGUAGCUAAAAGGCUUGGAAAAUGAAUGUGUCAUGGCAAUAAGCACUACUAGUUCUGUUGUUCUUUUUAAAUUUACCAUAUCAAUCAUACGUUUGAAGUGCAUGAUGUGUCAUUUUUAACGCUAAUGUGCUAAAAAAAAAAAAGUCUUUAUGUCUCAGAGAAGAUUGGUGUUAAAAAUGAUUCGUCGCUUUUUUUUUUAUGGUGCUGUGCAGCUGAAUAUGACAAAAAGUUCUCUAGCAUAUGAAUAUGUCUUGAAAAUUAUUUGGUUAUGAUGAUUAUAUUUCUGUAUUUUUUUCAAAAAAUAAUGUGGAAAAACUCAGAGCAACAUCUGUCUAAUCAGCUUAAUGGGCAAGCUAAGCCUGAGCUACUUCUUUAACAUUUAUAAGUAGUCUUCUUGUUUUUU